GGAAAACUUAAAAUUAAAAAAAUCGCCCAUCAUGAUUGACAUGGCUCUCGACCACGGCUCCCUCGAGCACAUCCUCCCCGUUUCGUGGAAGUCCCAAAUAACAGCCUGGCUCGCUGAGGACACUCCUUCGUUCGACGUCGGCGGUUUCGUUGUCGGCGACGCGCCGCGCACUGCCACUCUCUGGGGGAAGUCGCAGGGAAUCUUGGCCGGCGUGCCCUUUUUCAAUGAGGUGUUCAAGCAGUGCGGCUGCACCGUCGAGUGGCACGCGACCGAGGGCUGCCACGUCGAGACCCACGGCGGAAAGAGGGCGCUGGCAACGGUGACCGGUCCCGCGCGCGGCCUGCUCGAGGGCGAGCGUGUGGCCCUCAACAUCCUGGCCCGCUGCUCCGGCGUGGCUACGCAGAGCCGGCACCUGCUGGUGAACCUGCGGAGUGCCGGGUACAAGGGGAUCGUGGCGGGUACUAGGAAGACCACGCCCGGAUUCCGUCUUGUCGAGAAGUACGGCAUGCUCGUCGGAGGAGCCGACACCCACCGCAUGGAUCUCAGCACCAUGACCAUGCUCAAGGACAACCACGUGUGGAGCCGCGGCAGCAUUACUGACGCUGUCAAGGCGGCUAAGGCGGCUGGUGGCUUCAGCCUCAAGAUCGAGGUUGAGGUGCAGAGUGAGGAGGAAGCUGAUGAGGCGAUUGCUGCCGGUGCUGACAUUAUUAUGCUGGACAACUUCACUGGUGAGGGCGUCAGGGUCGCUGCUCGCAACCUGAAGGAAAGGUGGGCUGGCAAGAAGCAGUUCUUGCUUGAGGUUUCCGGUGGUUUGACUGCCGACAAUGCCGAGUCCUACAUUUGCCACGAUAUCGAUAUCCUUUCGACAAGCUCCAUUCACCAAGGCGUGCCGCACGUCGACUUUUCGCUCAAGAUCAAUGUCGACAAGGGCACCGGCCCUGAGAUUUCGAGCUAAUGGAUUCAUAUAAUGAGUUUUUGAGUGCACGACACAUUGGUAUGAUACUUUAAAAUUCAAGCAUGCAGUAUUACCCGACUUUGAUGAGCUGGCUGUGAUAGGCUAGUUCGACCACUGUGAGUGAUACGCACAACAGG